CUUAAAACCCGGAAGGAUAAAAUCUAGGCUCUUUACUCAGAAGGGGUCCUGAGAAUUUAACUGUAGGGUGACAGAGAAUUGAAUUCUUCCCAUUACAAUGUACUGUAGGGCUGUACUGAUUUCUCUGUCAUGUACAUUAUGACACAAUGGAUGUGGGCGCAAAUGGCGACAUGCAGUAAGUAAUCACCAUGGAAAAUGAAUCCAAAAAAACCCGUCAACUUGGAUGACAAGAGCCUAGCAAAGACUUUAAUGAACUUAAGGCCAUUCUUGAAACUUGUAAUUUUUUAGUCAUUUGGACCAAUUUUUUGCUGCUGUUUUCUUUUUUUCUGUUCUUCCCCCUUUUUCCCUCUUAUUAGUGUUGUUUUUUCAACAAAUGAGGGAGGCAGUAAACUUUUUGCCUUUCAGAUGGUCAGGUCUAUAUAAGGCUCCCUAAGCUUCCAUUCUACUUUUAUUCAUCUCCACUCCAAACUCACUAAAAAGAGCUUCAUUCUCAAAGAAAGGGAACUUCUUUCAUUUUUCUCAAUGUCUGCAACUACACUUAGUGGAUCAGUUACUACUUCUGAUCAGAAGAAGCAGAAGGCAGAGCUUCAGAAGCAGAAAUCAGUGAAGAAGGAGGAGAAAACACCAAGGUGCACUAACACCAGUUGCACCAAAUUCCGGCUGCUGCCUAAAAGGAAUGAAUUGUAUCCCUUUAAGCAUUUCAAACAUCUUGGAGAAAAGAUGGUAUCAUUUCUGCAGAUGAUGUCUCCAAGGAGAUGUUCUCCUAAAGUUACUUCUUCUUCUUCUUCCUCGGCAGACAGAGCAGCAAAGCCCUGUGCAGCUCCAGUUGAUUCUCACAGAGCUGAAGCCAUAGAUGAUUGUAUUGAGUUCAUCAACUCUUCCUCUUCAUUGCCAAGAUCGAAUUCUACCGUGCAGCAGCAAUAGAUAAAGCUAAUGGGUUGUUUUUAAUCAUCAAGAUGAUGAUGAUGAUGUAUUAUAUAUAGCUAGAUCCCAGAAUUUUGUGAUUCCAGAAUAUGUGAACUCUUGUAAUUGGUCAGUUUCUUGCUUGUACUAAAUAGAAUUGAGAAUUGUUCCUUUCCUUGCUUAGUAUAGGUUGAUCAGCUGAGUUGCUAAGUUGAGGCCAUUUGCCUUGCUAUUUUUUGUAGGAUGGUGGUGGGAGAUUUGUAUUAUAUAAUAUGCUACAUAUAAAAGGCCUGUUCAUGCAUUCACA